ACGUAUAGCUAUAAAGGGUUGCUUUAAGCUAACCCUUUUUGUUGCUGAAUCCCUUGUGAUUCAUUUUGUUCUCAACUCAAUGCAGAACGUGUUGGUUGGGUUGUUUUUUAGUUCGUGAGUUCAAGGGGAUUCUUUCUCUGUUUCUCUUUGGAAACUGAAUGUUUGUUUUGUUUAAGUUGUUUUGGGAAGUGGGAAGUGUUGGAAUCUUGAAGUUGUUUUCUUUUUUUGAAGCUGAAGAAAGAGUCUGGCUUACCUCAUUGCUUGGAUAAGUUAUGGCAUCUUGUUUAGGAGUUGGGGUGUCAUUGUUUGGAGCUUCAGUUCAAAAGAAUAGGCAUUCAUGGGGAGUGCGAGUAAGAAGUGAAGGUAGAGCUUCAGCUGAUUCAGUUUCAGCUGUGGUGAAUGGAGCUACUGUGGUCGGGGAGGAGGGAAGUUCGUCUUCAAUAGAUAAGGCCAAUGGUUGGUUAAAGUCUAAAGCUGCAGAGAAGAAGAUCAAGUUGAAAGAUGAUGUUCCAGAGAAGUUGGAGCUAUUUUGGGAUGAUGGAUAUGGGACUGUGACUGUUAAAGAUUACUUUGAUACCGCCAAAGAUUUUACUCAGCAUCCUGAUGGCGGUCCACCUCGCUGGUUUUGCCCUGUUUCAUCUGGAUCUCCAUUAAAGGGUUCUCCAAUUCUUUUGUUUUUACCAGGAAUGGAUGGCACUGGAUGUGGCCUUAUCUUGCAUCAUAAAGCUCUUGGGAAGGCUUUUGAAGUUCGGUGCCUACAUAUUCCUGUUCAAGAUCGAACGCCAUUUGAAGGCCUUGUGAAGCUUGUUGAAGAAACUAUCAGGUCAGAGCAUGCUUGUUCCCCAAACAAACCAAUUUAUUUAGUUGGGGACUCAUUUGGAGGAUGCUUAGCACUCGCAGUGGCUUCACGUAAUCCUAAAAUUGACCUUGUUCUCAUUUUAUCAAAUCCAGCUACUUCUUUUGGCCGGUCUCAAUUGCAACCCCUGUUUCCGUUUUUAGAAGCUAUGCCUGAUCUACUACAUGAAACAGUUCCUUAUGUUCUUAGCUUUAUUAUGGGUGAACCAUUGAAAAUGGCAACGGUCAAUGUUGAAAGCAAGCUUCCCCCAGUGCAACGAUUUGAAAAAGUAUCACAAAAUUUGACUGCUUUACUACCAUAUCUUUCGGAUUUGGCUAGCAUUAUACCGAAGGAUACUCUUCUUUGGAAGCUGAAGCUGCUCAAAUCAGCUGCUGCGUACGCUAAUUCUCGACUCCAUGCUGUUAAUGCGGAAGUACUUGUGCUUGCUAGUGGCAAGGAUAACAUGGUUCCAAGUGGUGAUGAAUCCCUACGACUUCGAAGAUCAUUGCAAAAUUGUACAGUUCGCUAUUUCAAGGAAAAUGGGCACACCUUAUUAUUGGAAGAUGGUAUUGGUUUACUGACAGUAAUUAAAGGCGCUCAAAAGUACCGCCGAUCAAGAAAGUACGAUACUGUUUUGGAUUAUCUUCCACCCAGUUUAGCAGAGUACAAUUAUGCUUUUACUCAAGUGACGGGACUAUUUCAUUUUCUCACUGGUUCUACAAUGUUCUCAACUUUGGGAGAUGGAACUGUAGUGAAAGGUCUUUCUGGAGUUCCUAAGGAAGGUCCCGUGUUGCUAGUAGGUUAUCACAACUUAUUAGGAUUGGAGCUAACCCCUUUAGUUGAAGGAUUCUUGAGAGAGAAGAGUAUUUUGGUUCGUGGAGUAGCACAUCCGGAGUUGUUCUUAGGAAACCUCGAGUCUGAAUCUCCUGAAGUAUCUUUGAUUGACUGGGUGAAAGUAUUUGGUGCAGUACCAGUCACUGCUAACAAUCUAUACAAAUUGUUAUCACAAAAGGCACACGUUCUUCUCUAUCCUGGGGGUGCACGCGAGGCUCUUCACUACAAGGGUGAAGAAUAUAAGCUGUUCUGGCCAAAUCAACAGGAAUUUGUGAGAAUGGCUGCUCGUUUUGGGGCUACAAUUGUACCAUUUGGUGCUGUUGGAGAAGACGACAUAGCACAAAUGCUCUUAGAUUAUAAUGACCUCAUAAAGAUUCCUAUGGUUAGUGACUACAUCAGAGAGGCAAAUCAGAAUUCUGCUAAAGUGAGGGAUGCGGACAAAGGAGAGGUUGGUAGCCAGAAUCUUUUCCCGCCUCUGCUCUUUCCCAAAAUACCCGGCCGUUUCUAUUAUCUGUUUGGUAAGCCAAUAGUAACAAAAGGAAGAGAGGAAAUCCUGAAGGACAAGAAUAAUGCAAACCAAUUGUAUGAUCAGGUUAAAUCUGAAGUUGAACAUUGUUUAGCUUACUUGAUUAAGAAGCGGAAAGAGGAUCCGUAUCGAAACUUUAUCGACAGAACAGUGUAUAAAGCCAUUUAUUCCUCUCAACAUGAAGUUCCUACAUUUGACCUAUGAGAAAUGAUUCUUUAAGUUUAAGUUGGAUACAAUCAUUUUAUUCAAGAUUGAAGAACCUUCGGAGGUUUGCUUUCAAAUAUUUCCAUCCGAAUAUGUCAAGUCGUGUUCUAGAAGGAAGAUAUCAACUGGUACGGAUUAUGAGCUUGAUUUUGGCUUUGUUUUCUCCCAUUCUAGCUUUAGGUGCCUGUACUAUAAACAAUUAGGAAUACAAAGAAAGUCCAAACUCUGAUUAAACCACACAAAAAAGGUUACCUUGUAAAUUUUUAGCUUAUUUGGUUACCCAUUUUUUCUAAUAGAUACAUAGCUAUUGGAAGCUUUCCUGUCUUCUGGAUUUGAAUAUUUAGACUUUGGAUGAGUUCAAUGAAGAAAUUGUUAUUGGCCUUGUGAUAUCAAAAAGUAAAAAUUCCGAGAAGUUGGGGUACUGUUUGGUAAUUCAUAAUGGGAUGAAUUUUCAAUGGAAUGUAAUCCAAAACUCAUGUUUGGAUUGAACAUUUUUUGUCUGAUUUGUAAUGUAAAAUUAUUCCGUUCCGACAGUAUUCAAUCCAACCAUUUUCCUCACUA